UCUCUCCACAUGCUGCACAGAGCUCUGCCUCCCUGAUUUGACUGUUAGAUCUUGGACUUAUGAAACAUGAUUGGGAAUCAUACAGUCAACACAAUUCCGAGUAAGUCAGAAGACUAUGGCAGUUACUACAAUAACAGUGAUAUGUGGGCGCCCUGCAACAACAGUAUUGUAAGAAACUUUGGCCAAAUCUUCCUCCCGACCCUCUACACCAUAGUCUUCAUUGUGGGCUUAAUUGGAAAUGGUCUGGUGUUGUGUGUCCUUGCCAAAUACAGCAAGAGACUGAACAUGAUGGAUGUGUGCCUCUUCAACUUGGCACUGUCUGACCUGCUGUUUCUCCUAUCUCUGCCGUUCUGGGCCCACUACGCUGCCACCGACAUGUGGAUCUUUGGGAGUUCCAUGUGCCAAGCUGUGACUGCAUUUUACAUGCUAGGCUUCUACGGCAGCAUCUUCUUCAUGCUCCUCAUGACGGUGGAUCGUUACCUUGUCACUGUCCAUGCCCUAACCUCCCUUUUUUUUAAGCGCCAAUCAGUGAGCGUGGGCAUAGCCCUGAUCUUCUUUAUGUGGGCAAUCAGCCUGGGCGCUUCUCUCCCAACCAUCAUAUUCUCUCAAGUCAAGAACGAGUCAACUGGAUCGAUGUGCCAGCAAGAGUAUCCAGGGAAGUGGAGGUUGGUCGGCUACAUGGAGCUGAACAUCCUUGGCCUGAUCCUCCCCCUCACCGUCAUGGGGAUUUGCUACUCUCAGAUCAUCCCCACUUUGGCUGCUAUGAAGUCUAAGAAGAAGCACAGAGCCAUCAAGCUCAUGCUGGUCUUGAUCAUAGUUUUCUUUCUCUUCUGGACACCCUACAAUGUGGUCAUAUUUAUGCACUUUCUUCAUUACUUGGGAUACAUGGAAAGCUGCAAAUGGCAGCAUGACCUGUUAAUGGCCAUGCAGUGGACUGAAACCAUCACUUUUAGUCACUGCUGCAUCAACCCCAUCAUCUAUGCCUUUAUGGGGCAGAGGUUCAGGACAUUAGUCAUAAAGACUUUGAAAGAGUGGUUUCCAAUUUGCUUCAGCCGGUGCAGAACACUUCACAUCCAGCCGACAGAUAAGAAGAGCUCCAUGCGCUCCACAGAAAUUACAACAAUUUUAUAGUUGCCCCCCACUAAUACUAAUCAAAACAGCAACUUUGCAAUUUUUAUUUGAUAUCAUUUACCAUCAUAACUCUAUGCAUAUUAUUCUAUUUUAAAACAUGAGGCUUUUAACUACUAUGAAUUCAGUAACUUCUAUAACGCUAUCAGGCAGGGUGUAGGUUUCUUUUCAACUAUGGGGGAAAAUACUGCUCAUGACAUCCAGACUCAUCAUGUUUUAUUUUAUGUGCCAAUAAAAUGGUGAUAAAUGGUUAAUCAAUAUUUAUACAAUCUUAUCCUGAACAUAAAUUAUAAUUAUUAUAUUUCACACUCUUGUAUCAGCAUCAUGACAGUGUUGCCUAUUUUCCAAAAAUAUCCAGCCAACAGCGACCUGUGGGCAGCGUCCUGUGACCAGUGAUGAAGGACUAGAGGAUGAACAACACAAACUGUGCAGCAGCAGAUGAGCUACCGUCUCUGACUUUACAUCUACAAGGUGGACCUACAAGAUACAAGUGUCUAUUAGAAUGGACAGUGAGUGGACACAGUGUUUAAAAACUCCAGCAGCACUGCUAUGUCAUAUCUAUGCAUACCAG